GGCCAUUCAGAUUCAGUCAGACCGUCACAAGACUUGUCUGGAUUGUCCUUGUGCUUCGUGUUUCUCGCGUAGUUGUCUGAAAAACUUGAACUUCACUCGAGUGGAUUUGGCCGUCAGUUGGUCGGAAACCUAACGAUCCUGCUUUCACUAGUUUCGGGAACGAAAUUUGGUCGUGAUUUCCGCACCGGUUCCGCGUGUAUUUGCAUUUUCUGUCGAGGUGAUUAUCAACCGCGAGUUAGGGAAGGAAAGUUUUCCGAGCAAGGUUUGUUCCUGAAUCAACAUCAGUCAUGAAUAACGAAAUAAGUGAAAAGUAUUGUAUCCUGGUCGUUUGAUACCUCUCUGUAUGUGAUCCUGUUGGUUUUGUGAAGAAGAUAAGUAAAAAUAAAAAAAAAGUGGUAGAAGGAAAAGCCCGAAAAAGCGUCACCACCGAGAGUUAGAAAGAAGUCAUCGAUAAAGUUUCAAAUAAUCCAAAGAAGAAAGCAAUACGCAUAAAACAACGCCGCCAUCAGGAGGGGGCACUAUUGGUGCCGACGAUUGAAUCGAUCCGCCCCGGAGUGUGUGGGUGGUGUGGUGUGGUGCGCGCGUGUGUGUGGUAGGGGCAAGUGUGUGGCAGUGAAACCCAAAGUGUGAACCCCCCCGUCGAAACACUGGAUCUGUAGCCAUUUGUGUACGGUAGGCCAUCGGUAGAAGGCAAACCAUGAACCACCUGCCCGGAUCGUCCCCGCGGUCACCGGCGCCAUCGCCCGAUCCGGAUGUGGACGACGGAAGCAGCAAGAAGCAGGCCACUAGGGUAUUCAAAAAGAGCUCCUCCAACGGAAAAAUAACAGUCUAUCUAGGAAAACGUGACUUUGUGGACCACAUAACGCACGUCGAUCCCAUAGAUGGCGUCGUGCUGAUAGAUCCGGACUACGUGAAAGAUCGUAAAGUGUUCGGACACGUGCUGGCCGCGUUUCGAUACGGGAGAGAAGACUUGGACGUGCUCGGGCUGACGUUUAGGAAAGACUUGUACCUGGCCUCCGAACAGAUCUUCCCACAGCAGGAAACUGACCGGCCGCUAACCCGGCUCCAGGAGCGAUUGAUCCGCAAGCUCGGACCAAAUGCCUAUCCGUUCUACUUCGAAGUGCCGCCACACUGUCCCGCGUCCGUGUCCCUGCAGCCAGCCCCCGGUGACACCGGAAAGCCAUGCGGUGUGGACUACGAGUUGAAGGCCUUCGUCGGCGAGACGCCAGAGGACAAACCGCAUAAGCGUAACUCGGUGCGGUUAGCGAUUAGGAAAAUUAUGUAUGCCCCCUCGAAACUGGGCGAGCAGCCAUCGAUCGAGGUCAGCAAGGAGUACAUACUGAAACCAAAUAAAAUCCACCUGGAGGCGAGUCUGGACAAGGAGCUUUAUCACCACGGCGAAAGCUUAUCGGUGAAUGUACAUAUAGCGAAUAAUUCAAGUAAAACGGUUAAGAAAAUCAAAGUGUCGGUGCGGCAAUUUGCCGACAUUUGUCUAUUUUCGACGGCGCAGUACAAGUGUACCGUGGCGGAAGUCGAGUCAGAGGACGGAUGUCUGGUGGCGCCCGGUUUCACACUGUCCAAAGUGUUUACGCUGACUCCGCUGUUGGCCAACAACAAAGACAAAUGGGGCCUAGCACUCGACGGGCAGCUGAAGCACGAGGAUACCAAUCUGGCCUCCAGCACGUUGUCUCGCAACAUGGUCGAUGGCAAAUAUAGAAUUGCCGAUCCUUCCCAGCGGGAGAACCUUGGCAUUAUUGUGCAGUAUAAAGUAAAGGUUAAGCUGUGCAUUACGCCGUUGGGCGGUGACCUGGUGGCGGAGCUGCCGUUCAUCCUAAUGCACCCGAAACCGGAUGACGACGAGCCGCUAAUAGGGGACCGAUCGCCAGGUCGGACGAUUGGCAACGCAGACAAGCUGCAUCCGGGAGGGGCCGGCGCUGGAACCGGUGCCGGGGAUCUGAACAAGAACAACACCAACCGAGGCGACGCUGGCAAAGAGGACGGUCCCAAUCUGAUCCAACUGGAUGGCGAUGACAACUGUCAAGAUGACGACAUAAUCUUCGAGGAUUUUGCUCGGUUACGUUUGAAAGGUGCUGAAACGGAAGCCUAAUAAAUGGAGGGGAAAACGUUGUUGAACUACACCCGAGUUGGAAAUUUAAAUUUCGCAAACAAAUGAUUGCACGCGCGCACGUGUUCUGUCUGUGUGUGUGAGAGAAUGCUCCAAGCUGAGCGACAGUUGCCGUGGUAACAGCGACAAAACAACCUUAUUUGUAUUCUCUGUAUGGUGUAGUAGUAGAUGUAAGAGCAGUGCAGUCCCAAUCCGGCAAGCAUGUAGUUAGAGUAGUAUGGGUGUAAGCGCGUGCAUCAUUUUUAAGCUGUACCGGAAGCCACAAAACUAGAUGCGAGUGGAUGGAGGAGCGGUUUUUUUUAAUUCUCGGCAAUAUAAGUAACGUUGGUAGCUUAAAGUGUAAAAUAAUUAGUAGCAGCAGUUACGCGAAAGAUCAUUUUAACGGAAACAGGAGUCGACAACACACAACUACAGAUGCGCAGAGGGAUGAGAAUAAUCAUAUUUAUAGCAUUUACGAAACAGGCCGUGCCCGCUUCGCUCACAUUAAUAACAACUGUUAGUCAAAACUGCAAACAAACAAAAAAUUUCGUCGUCUCAUUUUAAAUAGGCUACACUAAAAAAAUCCGCAGAUCAUUUUUUUUAAAUUUUUUUAAAUCAUGCGUCAGUACAUAUUUUAUUGCAUAUAAAAUCACACAUAUGGAUAAUAUACUUAUAGAAUGUAUGUAUCCAAAAAAAUUAAAUGCCAUUUCGUUAUCCUCAUUGCAAUAAUCCAUGUGCAGACUCAUGAAUAUGAUGCGGAUUUUUUUGCCAGUGUAAAACAGCCCUGCCAUUGGGAGGAAAAGUAGUUCCAUGACAAAUUGAUACUGUAUAAUUAGCGAUGUUUUAAAUGUUUUUUGAAAAUAGCUAAACGCUACCUACUUGAUAAUUAUUUGAGGUUCAGGUUCCGCAGACUGCGUGGGUGGCGAUGAGCAGCCAUUGGGCGAGUUGAAGGGAUAAGACUUUUAUGUACUGCACAGGCCACGUCGGUCUUUGUCUAAAAAUGUAACUGAAGUGCAGGUUUAGAUAUUUGAUUAUCCACGCAUUCGACACAAUUUGAUUUUCUAAGUUUUAAAAGAUUUAGCAAUACGUUGCAACUUUUAAAAUCUUCAAAUUUUUUACCUCUCCCAAACUAUUUCAAACGCAAUCCAACCGGUCAAGAGACGAGCUAUUACUAUCCCAUUCAAUUCCCCUACUUGAUUAUAACUGUACAUAUAUAUGUUUCGACCUCAGCCGUAAGAUUGUUGUAUCAAGUCAAGUACAAAACACUGAAGACGACAUUACGAACACUGUUGUGGUCGAAGCACUCGUCUGUUAUGUAGUAAUCAAUGAAGUAAGAGAUUCCAUUAAAAAAAAUAAUACUUUUCUAUUCAUUUGAAUCUCGUUUUACAGUUUUACAGCAGAGUUGAAAACUUUGUAAAAUUAAUCAAGAUGUCUUUAAAAAAUAUUUUCCUUUGCAUAAUUUCCUUGAACCCUCUUGUUCUCCCAAUGGUAGCUGCCAGAGUUCCGUUAGCGUAUGUAGGAAGCAUAUUGAAAACCAUAUUUUGAUACGAUUCCCUUAUUUAUUAAUGUUAUUUUGUCUGUUUUUAGUGUAAGUAUGCCAGUUUCUUUCUAGCUUCUAUUUAUUAUCGAUUAGUUUUUGUUUCUACCCAGCAAGAUUUCUAAUAUAUUCAUUUAUCGUUUCUAGGCAAUAAAAAGUAAAAAAUAGAAAGCUUAGGGCGGUUAUUCGUGAACACAGCAUAUAGUAGGUAAUCCAUGCACAUUAAAACACCAGUUAAAGACCAAGUUCUAUUGCUAAAUCCUACAUGUUUCGUAUUUUUGAUAAGAAAAAUAAAGUACUGGGUCUAAUACUGUCACUCUUACACCACAUGUUCAGUUCAUCAAUUUAUUUUCAGUAUUUAGUUGAAAUACAAUUGAUUGCUCUAGUGUUGGAUUCCACGGGAAACAUUGACACAGAAGCAGUUUCACCCCCCAUAGCAGCGGAUCCUAAGCUUGCUGUAGAUUAUUUUUCUAUUACUGCUAGGCAUUAUGGGGCAUCGCAUAAACACUUACACUGGCGCACACACAAUUAGGCACAAAAUUAGUUUCACUCCAACAUAAAGUGGAAAAGAAUCUAUAGAAAUAUGGCUGUUGUUAAAUUAUAAAGAACACUGAUUUAGGAACAGAUAGGAAACGAUUUCAAUUUUUCGAACUAGCAAACAAACGGAAAUGGCUUCCAAUUGUUUGUGUUGCUUGAGGGAUGAGAGGAAACAAACAAGAUCGAAACUUUUUGUCCAAAAGUUUUGUUCGGACUGAUUGACGAUGCGACCAGGAAGUGCAUACAAAAAUACGCUUCGGAAGGAAUAAAAGUUCUAUAUUUUAAAAUAAGGUGGACAAAUUUUAGGAAGUUUUACACUGAUAACAUAUUCGAUGUUCAAACAAAACUGUUGGAUAUUUCAUAUUUCGUGGUGUUUAUUUUUGUUUCACGUUACUCAUAAGAAGAACCCCUUUAAACGUGCAACAAUUUAAAUGUCUAAACGGUUCCCAUUAUAGAAAAUAUAUAUAUGUGCGAACUUUCUAAAAAAAUAAAUUCGUUGUUGUAUCUAUCUAGGUAUAAAUUCAUAACACAUUGGUUUCGUAUCAUCAACCACCUUUUUUGUUUCACAUGCGAAGCGCAUAGUUGCACAAAAAUAAUGAAACAAUAUUAAAAAGUCCAUUGAAGUGAAAAAAACUGAGGCACUGUGUAAUACCAAGAAAAACAAACUGAAAUAAUUAGAGCCAACGAAUUUAUUUGUAGGCAAAUUUAUCGCAAAAAAAACUUUCAUACUCUAGCUCUUUGAAAUGUCCAACCAAUUAUUGAAUAAUCUAUGUCUUCUUUUUAAAAUUAAAACAUCUCUUCGUACUAACCUCUUAACCGUCAUCAAACGUAAGCAGAGUCACCACAGUAACAAUGGCAAUCCAUUAUCAAAAGAAAAAAUAAAUUCCAAACAGUUAAACCAAAUUAGAUUUUGCGUUAGCCCUGUUCGCACUGAACGGAUUUCACUUAGAUGGACAUUCUGAGUCUUACCACCACAUCAAAACAUUAUAUCCACCACAUAGGAAAUCGUGCAUUCAUGGAAUGUCUGAAAUAACUUCGUAAAAAUGUAAAAAUCUGUAUCUGAAUCAAAUUCAACCUUGAAAAUAGAAACUCCUCUUUGGGAAGGUAAACCAUCAAGAAUAGGGAAUCAAUUAACCAACAAACCCACAGAUGCUGUAACGAAAUCAUACAAUAACAAUAUAACAAAAUGGAAACUUAGAAAUCGAAUAAAAACCGGCAGAUUGAUAAGGAAUAUGUAGAAAAGCAAACAGACACACCCAUGCCCACAAAUAAAAAAAAAGCAUAAAUGUAUUAACUGACUGUAAGAUGUAUAUUAGUUAAAGGAAAAUAUAAUGGGGGAAAUAUGAAUUUUAGUGCAGAUAUGGGAAUGUACUUUACAACUUAUCCGGUCUGUUCGGGAGUUGCAGCUGCAGUUGUAGCAGGAACGAAAAAAAAACGGGUCAACAGGACUCGCCGGUGAAGGACAGGGGGUUUGAAAAUGUUAUACACAUCUAUGAAAGGGCGAACCCUUGGAAGGGGGAGCAAGUCAUUGUACUAUUAUUAUUAGGUAACUGCUAUAUAUGAUUUUUUUUAUGAUUAUAAUGAUGGAUGAAAACAAAGGAUAUAGAAAACUGGAAAAUACAGAAAAAACGAGAUCGCAGAAAGAAACAAAAUAACAGUUUAACAAAAUAUAAUUUGGUGUAAAAAAUAAAUCAAA